UUGUGCAACGAAUAUUGUAAACAAACUCAAGAAGUCUACCAUAACAUCCUAAAGCUUGAAGUUACAAACAACAAUGAAUACAAUUGUAAUUAUCUAGACUUAGAAAUUACUAUUCAUAAUGAUAAAAUUAGUACAAAAAUGUACAAUAAAACAGACAGCUUCAACUUCUCCAUUAAAAAAUUUCCAAACUACAAUACAAAUAUUUCGUAUCACAUAAAAUUUAAUACUAUAUAUGCAGAAAUUCUAAGAACAACAUUAGAAUACACACUUAAGCAACUUAUUGAAUCAGGAUACAACACAAAUAUAUUCAUAAGUAGUCUUAUGAAAUGUCUAAUCAAAAACCCUUCUAUAACAUACAAAUUUAAUCUAUAA